AUGCCUGGCCACCGCACCCCAAUCAAAAGAGAGCGCGGCAGUCCUCCUGCCGACGACGACAACGACGAUGACCGUCACCGUCACCGCAAUCGGUCCCGAUCCCCUUGCCGCGAUAAGGUCGAUAAGGGCAAGGGCAGGCUCAAGCGCAAAAAAGAAGAAGAAAAGCUGAUUGUGGUUCGCAAGCGCAUCAAGGACGACGACAACGAGCGCGAACCCAAGCCGACUGCCCCGGAUUGGCUGGUGCAAAUCGCCCACACCAUAAUUGGCAGGGAGAACCGCAAAAAGUACAAGUACAGCCUGGAGAAGCGCGGCGGAUCCGGCUCUGGCUCUGGCUCUGGUAGGGACGGGGACGAGGGCGGAUAUCCUGAAAAGAAGCAUCCGAAGGUGUACGACGGUCAAGGUAAUGUUCACUUCCUCGUACCCGAUGGUAACGGCACGUAUCGGAUGGAGGUGGACGAUUCGACCGGCCCGGCGCGCACGAGGAAGGCGGAAGCCAACGCUGAGGAGCUGAUGAAGGUGCCGCAUGAUAUCCUUGAUGAGAUGCGCAGAGAGGAUAAAAAAAGGGAGAGACUCCUGAUGAGCUAUGAGAAGUAUCCGGGCUUCAACCAUGGCGCGGAAACCGUGUCUGAGCGCUACAUGCGCACUACGGGCCAGAGUGAGAAUCCUUAG